ACAAAUAUGAAUACAACGAUGACAACAACAACAACAACACCGUCGCCGACCACGACAUCAAUAUUAACAACACUACCGCCGUCGCCAACGACAACAGCACCACCGUCGCCGACCACAACAGCAAUGUUAACAACACUUCCGCCGUCGCCAAUGACAACAACACCAACGUCGCCGACCACGACAGCAAUGUUAACAACACUUCCGCCGUCGCCAAUGACAACAGCACCACCGUCGCCAACCACGAUAGCAAAGUUAACAACACUUCCGCCGUCGUCAACGACAACAACACCAGCACCUCCACCGCCAACAACAACAACAACAGUAGUAUCGACGGAAGGAUCUGACGGAUGCAAACAAGACGAGUCUUGUACAUCGGACCAGUUUUCGACACUCACACAAUUAUGCGUAAGAGAUACGGGCUGUCAGAAGUUUUGCAAAUGCAACCAGUUGAUGGAAAAUAGUGUCAUAGUGUACAGAUGGGUAGAAUUUGAUUGUCCUUCCGAACUUGUGUUCAACGAAGCCAAUGGCAUUUGCGAUUGGCCGUAGAUAGUUCAAUGG